AUGGCCACCAUUUAUGGCUGUGCGACUCUGACCAUCAUUGCGCCUACUGGUAAGCGCGCCAACCCAGGCCUAGCUGGCGUGUCAGUACCGCGUCCAACGCAGGUCAAGAAGACGAUCGAGGGGUACAACUUCUUCACCAUCCCUCCAGAGAUCUUGGUCGAGCGGACCGCGACUGAUUGGUCUACUCGAGCCUGGACGCUGCAGGAAGAGGUACUCUCGAUGCGUGUUUUGCAUUUUACGGAGAGCCAGCCUCCAGAAGAAGAAGCUGCAAUCAUACCAGCGGACUUUGAAGGGACGAUGCCCCUGUACGGCGGCAUACUGCGGGUCUACACCAGCUGUCCACUGACCAACGAGAUCGACUCUCUGAACGCGUUCUUGGGCCUGUUAGCUAGAUUCAAGGGACGACUCUUCCCGCUCGGAUUCUGCCAUGGUCUUCCACUGCAGAGUCACUCUAUCACUCUAGGCUGA